GCGAGGGAAAGAAAAUUGUAAAGGCGCGAUGGUGAAAAUUAACCCUAGAACUAGAACUGAAAACUAACCUAGACACGGAACAGUGUGUGUGAAUGUGUCAUGUUCAAGUUAAACUCUUAAACGGGUAAAAAAGUGAAAAAAGGAUUUGAGCGGGAACUUCUUUUUCACACAAUAUAACAUAACUCCCCAUUUUGUUUCAAUACUUUUUUCUCUCUCUCUAAACCAUCAAGUUACUGCUUGGGAACCACGAUGCAGGCUGCAGAAGAUGCUGAGGGGCGAAACGCGCGUUUUGAGGAAAACGAUUUGGACUUGGAAAUUUCGAGGCUGCGUGGACGAUGGGAGCUCGCUUCUGUUCUCAAUUUUUUGGACGUGUUUGGUCCGAUACUUGGUAAAGAUUUGAAGCUUUCUGCCGAAGAUAUUGAGAUUGGGCUUGUUAAGCCCGAUGCAUCACUUGCUCGGCUUCACAUUCAAAUUUUGAAGGGAAUGCCACCUGUGAGUAAAACACUUGAAGAAUCUGAUAAAUGGGUGACUUCACUCUGUAAGAAACUGACUAUGUGGUGGCCAUGGGUUGCUGAGGGGGAGAUUCCACUUGUUCCAUCUAAAGGAGAGGAGAUAUCCAAGUACAAGGAACUUAAUCCAUCAGAUCGUUUACUACUGCUAAGAGCGCUUUGUGAAGUUAGAGCUGAUCAACAUGAUGCAGUGUCAUACAUCAAUGAUGCUUUAAAAGAAGGAACCCAAAUUUCCUCUUUUCGCAAAGAUGCUUUGGGAAGAGAUGGAACUGGCACAUCUUACUGGUAUGAUGCAACUUCAAAAGGUCAGAGUCACAGAUUGUACAGGGAAAUUAUCACAUCAGACUCGAUCCCAAAAGAUAAGGAUGAAAGACGUUUAUCACUCCCCACCAUUCAAUGGGAAACACUUGCUUCCAAUCUUGAAGAUUUUUCUAAAGUAGCUGAAAAUUUCACAUUCAGCAAGUCUUCUGUGGAAGUUGCUGUUAGCAUGAAGCUUCAAAGUGAUGCUAUUCCCACUCUUGAAAAGAUUCGGAAGAAGAAAGAAAGAGCAAUGAAGCAAAAGCAAAGGCAGGAUAAACUGUUAAAAGAUGUUCAGAUUUCUCAUUGUUCUGGAAAUACACGCUCUUGUCGCACUCGAAGGCCUAUUAAUUAUACAUUUGAAGCUUAUGAUCGAACAAUGGAGGAGGCAAUACAGCUAACAAAUAAAAGGAAAAAGUCUCCUGUUGCUGACCAAGAUAAAACCAGAGGAUCAGAAGAUAAAUCCAACUCAAAAGAUGUUUCAACAGAUGGUGAUUCCGAAAGGGAUGUGUUCCCAGUAUCUGAUAGUGAAGAUGACACUGGUUACAAAGUUGAGAAUCAUGGUAGCAGCGAUGAGGAUGGUGUUGAUGGUGAGAUGGGCAACUCAGAAGCACACUCAAGCCAUGCAGUUUCUUAUCCCAAGGGGGUUCGCUGCAGCAAGCGGUUAGCUGGAGUUGCUAGCCACACUAUUUUAGAAAGCAGAGGGUUAACUACAAAGCAAAGAUUGAGACAAAGACCCACCCGCAAUUCUGCUAUAGAAUCUGUCAUCGUAUCUGAUUCAGAAGACGAAGCAUGUGAAGGGAAGACAGAUUUGUCGGAGUCUAAUUAGUCCUAGUAUUAACCUGCGUUUUGGCUAAAGCAUGGAAGCCUAGCAGUGACAGAAUAUUUGUCAUCGAAAUUUGGGUAGAUUUGUAGAAGCCAUCAUUUUUCUAGGAUCACCAUUUUUGCUUCUCCAAUUUGUCUUGGAAUCUAUGAACUCAUUUUUUUGUCUCUUGGAUGUGAUCCGAUAAAUUACUGAAGUAUUUCAGUAUAUAAUAUAUAAAUAUGGCUAAUGAA